GCUGGAGAAGAGACAGGGAUGCACUCAUACACACGGAGAUACAACAUAAUCUAAACACAUCCUUAUCGUGAUACAAAAUUAACGAAAUAAUGCUAAAUGAAAUAUGUAUUCUGGAGAGGUAUUUUGAUAUGAAGCUCUUUGUUCUGGACAGUAUUUAAGUGGUAAUUGUGUUAUAACGGGUCAGGGAUGACAAAGAGAAUGGGAUACCGGGACUGGAGAUGGCUGGCUCUUUGGUGGCAUCAUUCCGUUCUCUUGUGGAGUACAAUAGACGGACAGACUCGCUACACCAUCCCGGAGGAACUGAAACAGGGCUCUGUAGUAGGACAUCUAGCCAAAGAUCUGGGUUUGGGACUAUCUGAGAUUUUUGACCGUAAACUGCGUGUCGCGUCUGAGGCUGGUAAGCAGUAUAUCAGUGUGGAUGCGGGGAAGGGCGAGCUGGUCGUCAAUGAGAGAAUAGACAGAGAGACUUUAUGCGGACAAAGCGCUAGCUGCGUUUUACCUCUGCAGGUUGUCAUUGAGAACCCGUUACAGUUGCAUCGAAUUGAGGUGGAAAUACGAGAUAUAAAUGACAAUUCACCUAAUUUUAUAACAAAAGUACUCACGUUGAAAAUAGCAGAAUCUGUUGUUGUAGGCAGGCGAUUUUCUUUGGAGAGCGCAGAGGACCAAGAUGUGGGAAGUAACGCACUAAAGUCUUACACUAUUAGUAAAGACGACUGCUUUAGUUUAAAUGUAAAAGGCCUUAGUAAUGGAAGAAAAGUCCCAGAGUUAGUAUUAGAAAAACCUCUAGAUCGAGAGAAAAAACCUGUCCAUCAGCUACUAUUAACAGCACUAGAUGGGGGGAAUCCUGUCAGAUCCGGGACGUCACAGAUAACUAUUACAGUGCUUGAUGUAAACGAUAAUUGUCCAGUGUUUGAAAAGGCAUUAUACAAGGUUUCCAUGAACGAAAAUAGUCAAAAAGGUACUUUUAUGGUAAAACUUAAAGCGAUAGACAUAGACGAUGGUCAAAAUGGGGAGGUGAAGUAUUCAUUUGGUGAGCGCACCCCCGAUGCUGUGCUUUCUAUAUUUGAUAUUGAUUCAGACACAGGGGAGAUGUUUUUGAAAGGAGAAUUAGAUUUUGAAAAUGCUGCUACAUAUGAAAUUGAUAUCAGUGCAAAAGAUAACGGCACUCCGGAAAUGGAGGGACAAUGUAGUGUUCAGGUGGAGGUAGUUGACGUAAACGACAACCCUCCUGAAAUAAUUUUGACCUCCAAGCCGAGUCCAUUGCGCGAAGACGCACCCAGUGGCACAGUAGUGGCUUUGAUCAGUGCCCGGGACCUAGACUCCGGGAAUAACGGUAAAGUAACAUUACACCUCCCUAGAGGCAAUCCUUUUAAUCUGAAACCGUCGUUUUCUAACAAUUACGCACUGGUCACCAGUGGUGUUUUAGACAGAGAGAGCUUCUCAGAGUAUAAUAUUGAGAUAACAGCCACUGAUUCGGGCUCCCCUUCCCUGACUACCAAGAAAACUAUACCUGUCAGUAUCAUUGAUGUCAACGACAACCCCCCUAAAUUCACUCAACCCUCCUAUAAUGUCUAUUUCAAAGAGAAUGGACUACCAGGCUCCAUGCUCUCCUCAGUAUCCGCAUCUGACCUGGAUUUCGGGGAUAAUGCCAAGAUCUCCUACUCCAUCCUAGACUCCAAAGUGCAGGACGUGUCUGUCUCCUCCUAUGUGUACAUUAACUCUGAUAACGGCAGCAUCUACAGUAUGCACUCGUUUGACUAUGAGAUACUGAAGGUGUUUCAGAUUCUGGUUCAGGCAAAGGACCACGGAUCUCCCUCUCUGAGCAGCAACGCCACUAUCCAUGUUUUUAUCCUGGACCAGAACGACAAUACCCCAGCCGUUAUUUACCCCUCCGCUGCCCUGGGCUCGCUCUCGCACCAGAAGAUGCCACGCUCCGCUAAAGCAGGCCACCUGGUUACUAAGGUAACAGCCGUGGACUCAGACUCGGGCCAUAACGCCUGGCUCUCGUAUAAGCUGGCGGAGGCCACAGACGCGUCUCUGUUCAGUGUCAAUCUUUACACAGGAGAGGUGAGGACUAAACGCGCUGUGUCCGAGCAGGACGACUCCUCUCAGAGGCUGCUUAUAGAGAUAAAGGACGACGGGGAACCGGUCCAGUCUUCAACGGUCACAGUGGCCAUACUGGUAGAGGACGGGCUACACGAACCCAUCUUGGACCUUUGGCAGAAAGCGCCAGAGCCCAGCAAGAAAAGCGGGAGAAUCACCCUGUAUUUGAUCCUCUCUCUGGCCUCGGUGUCCGUGCUGUCUCUGGUGACUUUUGGCAUUUUAGUGGUGAAGUGCGUUAGAAACAGCAGAAGCAGCGGUAGUUGCUGCAUGAGACGGGACGACUUGGACGGCUACAAGAACCCCAACAGAAACCUGCAGAUCCAGCUCAACACUGAUGGACCUAUUAAGUACGUGGAGGUCCUGGGAGGGGACAUGUUGUCUCAGAGUCAGUCCUUCAGGUCCUGUCUCUCUCCCAUGUCAGAGUUCAGUGAUUUCACCUUCGUUAAGCCCAGCAGCACCACUGACCUUAAGGAAAUGAUCAACGUUCUAGACGCGUCUUUACCCGACAGCGCCUGGACCUUUGAGAGCCAGCAGGUGAGCGGUGAACUGUAGUUGAUUGUGACGAUUAUGAUAUUCGAAUGUAGACUGU